AUGUCUGAAAUACUCGACUUCUUGUAUGUAAGCAGCUAUAAAAUGGCAAGGAACCACAAAUUUAUAAAGGAAAAAAAUAUCAAAUAUAUCAUAUCCUGUGGGAAGUUUGAUGACCCUUGGAAGAAGGAAGGGGUCAAAUAUAAGAAGAUUAACUUGCUGGAUAACCUCUCCGAGAAUAUUUCUAGCCACUUUAUUUACUGCUACGAAUUUAUAGAGAAGGCUAGGAGACAAAAAGCAAGAGUGUUAGUUCACUGACUCAAAGGGAUGUCUAGAAGUACCACAAUUGUUAUUUCAUAUGUGAUGGCUCAUCUAAAAAUGCCAUACGAAGAUGCUUUAAAGUAUGUCCAAAGUAAGCACAAAAUGACAUGACCAAAUGAAAAUUUUAGAAAACAACUGAAAGCGUAUGAUUGGAGUGAAUAUUUGCAAGAUGACCAAGAAGAAACAAAAGAAGAAAUUUAUCAAGAAGAUGUUUUCACAAAGAAGAAAAUCCUAAAACUGUAA